CUUCAGUUCCCAUGGCUUUAAACGUCCAAUUAUUCCAAUAAUGAAAGAUGAAGUUUUUGCGGAGUUACAAGAAGCCAAAGAUAUGAUAUUGAGUCUCAACAUAAAAGUUUCUAGAAAAAGAACUUAUAAAGAGCACCAAACCUCUAAGAAAAUCACACUAAAAACUUGUACACCUAUACUAAAAUCCCCUUGCUUCACCGGGUUUCUUGGAGUUCUUGUGUGUAUUAAAAGUUUGGAAUCGUUAUAUGAGACUCUAAUUGAAUCCAACAGGCUGCGGUACUUGACCACGUAUAGAUUAAGUCAAGACCAUAUUGAACUGUUUUUCGGAUCAAUUCGAAUGCAUGGCGGACACAACGACAACCCAAAUGCUCGUCAGUUCAAAGGCAUUUACAGAAAACUUCUGUGUCACAUGGAACUAAAAUCAGCGGAAUCGGGUAAUUGUGUCCCCUUAGAGCACAUAUCUAUUUUGAUGUGUUCUUCCGCGCUAAAAUCGAUAAAUGAAACCGCUGCUUCAACGCGGCCAGAUGAUGAUGAGGCCGAAACCAGUGAACAGGAAUCUUUAGGUGAAAACCUGGAACGUGCGUCACAAUUGUUACACAACACACAGUUUUGGGAGUACAAAGAACAGGUGGUAGGAUACAUCGCUGGUUAUGUCGCAAGGAGCUUAUUAAAAAAAAUCAAAUGUACUGCGUGUAUUGAAUCCCUGCUGGCAAAAGAAAAAAAAGUAUUUCACAAAUUUGUAAGUGUGAGAGAUGAAGGAGGUUUGGUGUACGCCUCACAAGAUACGUACGAUAUUUGCAAAAUUACUGAAGAAGUUUUGAGAAAAUAUAUGUGUGUACAGGAUUUCAAAAUGACCAGUAUAAUACAUGCAAAGAUAAUGUACACAGUAUUGAAAAAAAAUGUAGGCAAUAACAACUUCUUUGCUGUCACAACUGAGCAUAUUUGUGGUUCACUGCACCAAAUAAAUAUAAUAAGAUUGGUGGCAGAAAAAUAUUUGAUGAUACGAUGUUAUCACAUGUGUAAAUUAGACAACUUAACCAGUAAUGUAAAUUCAAAAAGAAAAUUAUUUAAAAAGCAAAUUCAAAGAGAAGGAAAUUAAUAACAUGAAGAAGUGACCGAGCAUUUGUGAAAUGAUAUUUUGACAGUCGACAAAUAAUUGUAAUAAAUACGCUGUAAAAAGCGAGUGGUGCGGUGGUAACUAGGGUGA